GGAGCUGUAGCUGGCAUGCCAGCCACACCACAGGGAGACUUGAUGAAGGGGCUUACCACAAGUAAGUGUUUUUGGGACAUCCAGGCAGCCAUCCAGAAGAGGGUCUCCCAAGUCACCGAACUUCAGGAGGAGAUCAAGGACCAAGAACAGAGUAAUCUGCAAUUAACUCAGCAGCUCACAGCCUCAGAAACCAAGCUGCAACACAUCCACCAGGCGUGGGACCUCAAGCAGGACAGCCUCAACAAAGAGAUCAAGGAGCAGAAACAGGUUCUCGAGGACCUGGAGCGCAACCAGACGGAGCAGGACAUUGUGUGCAAGGAAGUGAGUGAUGACGUGGCUGACCUGGACGGGCAGAUCAGACAGUCCAUGGAGGAGAUCCGGAACACCAACAUCAUGAUAAAGAACAACUACAAGCUUAUCCUCGAUGCUAUGGAGGAAGGCAACGUUGAGCUGAUGUCUGCCCUCACUGAGGCCACCAAGUGUGUGGAGGAGUUUAGGUCUGCAGAGUGACUCCAGUCCUCAGGCGGGCCAAGGCUUCAGAGGAUACCAGGCUGAGGAUCAAUGGGGAUUCAGUUCUUACUUCCGGACUUUAUAUUUUCUAAGGCUUAUGGAUUUACGCCUUUAUAUUUCCUAAGGCUUACGGUUAUACUAUAGUGUUACGUAGUGUUGUCGGGAGCAUUUAUUGGUGCAGCAGUUACUUGCAUCCUGAGUGUUGCAGGGUGUGGCUGUUACUCUGCACUCGUGUACCCAGGCAGGUUUUUAC